AGAAGCCUGUUUUGUGGUUCUGUGUGGGCAACUGCCCACACAAGCCCACACCCGAAUCCGCCAAUGAGCUGCCUUUCAAAUUCUCUCUCUAUGCUCACUGCUUUUUCUAUUCAGUAGAAGAAUUACAGAGAUAUUUAACUGGCCAUUCAUCAGUUAGGAGGUGAACACUUUCAUGUUUUUAUGAGUUGGACACCUUUAUUUGUCCUUAAGCCAACCUCGCUUCCAGGAGGUUAGAGAACGAUUUUCACCCUUUCUCCUAUUACACCACCACCUGUCGGCGACGUCGUCCUUGCUGGUUCUGUUGUGGACAGCAAAUAGAUCCACCCACCCUUCUCUUCAUUGACAGACCAUCUCUCUCCCUCUCUCCCUCUUGCAGCCCAAUCUUCAUAUUGGUUGCUAUUGCUUUGGUCUUUCAAAGUCCCAAAAUUUAGCAAUUUAUCAUUUCUGAACAGAAGAUUGGAAGUCCUCAAGAGGGUUGGAGGAUCAAUGUUUUUGGGCAGAUAAAGCAAUUGCUGAGGAAAUCAUUGUUGCUUAUCUUAAUUUCUGUUUGGAGAUAUCGACGCAGAACAGGCUUCUGAUUGGUUUGAGUUCGUAUGUCCUGUUCACUUACCACUCGAAUAGCAUCCAUUUAGUGAAACGGACGAGAUGGGUAGUUCCCUUUGAUUGUCCUUCUACAUUGGUUCUGAAUCGAGAUCAGACAUCAUUGCUUUCGAGGUCGCGGCAAUGGCGGAGGAAUCGGCCCCUGUUACUGAAAGUUCUUCAGUGAAGAAGUCGGUUGAUGAUCCAUCGGGAGGACUAAAAUCGAGCCAAUUUUCCAUAAUGUCUGUCUACCAGGCCGCCAUUGCCGGGGCCUGCCGCUACAUCACAGUGACAUGGAGCAAAAAUAUCAUGGCACAUACUCUCUGCUUCUUGGUGGAUGGGUACGGUGAUGGGAACCAGUAUACCUGCAAGAUCGACCUCAAGCCCUGGCAUUUCUGGAACAGGAAGGGAUUCAAGCAAUUCGACGUCGCCGGGGACCAGAUCGACGUGUUUUGGGACCUUCGAACUGCGAAAUUCUCCGGCGGCCCGGAGCCACAGGGCGAAUUCUAUGUCGCCGUCGUCUGCCAGGAUGAGGUGGUGCUGCUGCUGGGUGAAUUGAAGAAGGAAGCUUACAGAAAGACUAGAUCAAGGCCUUCACUGUUCGACGCAGUACUGUUGUCAAAGAAAGAGAAUGUGUUCGGGAAGAAGUGCUUCGUGACACGAGCAAAGUUCGAUGGUACAGGCAAAGAGCACGACAUUGUCGUGGAGAACUCGAUCUCUACGUCCAAAGAAGAUCCAGAGAUGUGGAUCAGCAUAGAUGGGAAUGUCGUCGUUCAUGUGAAGGGUCUCUUUUGGAAAUUCAGAGGGAAUGACACAGUCUCUGUUGAUAACAUGUCAUUGCAAGUCUUCUGGGACGUGCAUGACUGGCUAUUUGGCGGGGGCUCUGGCCAUGCUCUGUUUAUCUUCAAGCCUGGGCUGCCGGAAAUUUCACAAAGUGAUGAGGAAAGCUCAUUUUCCGGUUGCUCGGUGACAGGAUUUUCCUUAAUUUUAUAUGCAUGGAAAUUGGAAUAAAUGGCUUUUCUACGCAUAUUGUUUAUGCUUCAUGAGUUGAUAGUCGCUGCAUUAAUGUAUGCAGACAUUAAUAUACUUCGAGUAAAAUGCAUGUGUAGUUAGUAUUUCUUUGGUCGAUUAACUCUGCAGAAACUACCUGUUCAUGGGACUA